UCAUGUAUAAAUACUUUAACAAUUCGAUGGCUUUCUUUAAUAAUCAAAUAUAUAAUUAUCCAUGCAUACAAAUUGCAAAUGCUAGUUUCGAAUAUACAUUGAGUUUUCAAAUCCAUAUACAAAUUAAAUAGGAUCUUGAUUGAUCUUAAUUAAUUAAUUUUGAAGUUGUAUUCUCAUCUCGUGAUCGUUUUAAUUGAUCUCCUCUUCCAUCAUUAAUCAGAUAUCUAGAUAGAUGGCGAACACGGAGACAAUAAGGACAGUUGUUGGAAUUAUCGGAAAUGUUAUAUCGUUUUUGCUCUUCUUAUCCCCCGUGCCAACGUUCAUAAAAAUAUGGAAAGACAAGAGAGUGAUGCAAUUCAAACCAGAUCCAUAUGUUGUAACUGCAUUGAAUUGUGCAGUUUGGGUAUUUUAUGGAAUGCCAUUUGUUCAUCCUGACAGUCUUCUUGUUGUCACUAUUAAUGGCAUUGGUCUUGUUAUUGAGUUAAUUUAUGUUACCAUCUUCUUUAUCUAUGCUGAAUGGCAAAAACGUAGGAAGAUUCUUAUAUUUUUGGUAGUUGAAUUAAUCAUUUUGGGGAUCAUCAUUUUCAUUACGCUCACUUUCCUUUUUGGGACCAAAGCCAGAUCUAUGCUCGUUGGUAUCGUGGCUGUCGUUAUGAAUAUUGCCAUGUACACUUCGCCCCUCACCGUCAUGCGUCGAGUGAUCAGCACCAAAAGUGUGAAAUUCAUGCCAUUUUAUCUGUCACUUGCAAACUUUGCCAAUGGGUGUAUUUGGUUCGCUUAUGCAUUCCUCAAAUUUGAUGUUUACAUCCUGAUACCUAAUGGCCUGGGAGCAUUAUCUGGAGCAAUUCAGCUACUCCUCUAUGCAAAAUAUUACAAAACCACCAACUGGGACGAUGAUGGAAAGCCGAGUGAAAUUGAAAUUCCAAGGAACCCCACAGCCUAAAAAGGACCGUUCAGUUCACUAAAUCUCCCGCUAUGCGCUGGGUCAAAGAAUAGGUUGGACCACAAGAAUCUAUUAUAUACAACCUUACCUUAUCUAAUUCUCCUAAAAUAUCGCUAUGUUGGAGAUUAGCUCUCCCACUGACCCCCUAAAAUUGAUUUAUUUAUUUUUCUUUUUUUGGCUAUUCUAGAUUAAUUUUAAUUUAGAAUUUAAGGUUAGAUGCACUGAUAGGGCCAGCUUGACUUAACACGUUACGGCAGGUCACUUGGCAUUUUCUACUAGUCGCCGGUGAAGGCUUAUGAGAGAGUUAUCUCAAUGUAAAUAAUACGGUUUAAGCUACUUAA